AUGGCUGACACAUACCAAGAAAGUUUACCUAUGUCACAAAUUCUAAAAGUAAUAAAAAAAAAGGCACCAAAGGGUGCACAAUUUUCAAAAGAUUUUAAAAGUGCAAUGAGUAAAAGUGCUCAAAUUUUUAUUUAUUAUUUAACAGCAACAGCUCAAGAGAUAGCCACAAAAAAUAAGAGGAAAAAAAUUAUGAUAGAAGAUCUGAGGAAAGCUGUUGUUGCACUAGAACUCGAUCCUUUAAAUGCUGCAGUUAAUGAAGUAAUUAAUUUAAUGACUAGCCAAGUAAGGGUUCCAGCCGAAGAAAGUAAGGAUAGUGGAGAUGGAGAGAAGGAAGAUAGUUCAGAAAAGAUACCAGGAUAUGUUGACGAAAAAGAGAUUGCUGAUAACGAAUCAGAGAGUGUUGUAAUGGAGGAUUAA